AAACCCCGAACUGACUAAAUAGAAGUAGCUGCAGCAUACAACACACACAGAAAAACAGAAGUGGUAACUUUUUCAUUUCCGCCCGCCCAAUUCAACUGACAUUCAUUUUGAGAAAUUAACGCUUGCAACGACAAACUAGAAUAACCAGAUUCUGUUAACCACUCCCCUCCUGACAAACUAAGAACGGACAGCAGGAAAGCUGCGAUGCCUUGUCAUGUUGGAAGAGCAGCGGGAACAUGAGGACAGGAGCAGUGACAUUAUUGCAUUUCACAAUAAUGAAUUCUAUAUCGCCGUUAUGGAUGAGGACGUGGGGCGUAUUGAAGAAUUGUCAGAAAAGCAUGGGAGCAACCUUCCCAUCCAGGUCCAGGACGGUUUACCUGGAAAAGUUUUCUGGAAGGGCCGUGCUAUCCGCCCCCUUCAUUUGGCUGCCUCUUACAGAAGAGUAAAGAGCAUGCAGAGCCUACUGUCAUCAGGAGCAGACCCUGAAAUGAGGGACGAGCUUGGUCGAACCACAUUGCACUUGGUGAUAACCAGUUGGCCAAGGAUCCUGACUCCUUGGGCAAAACCAGAUUCCAAGCUCCAGGCUGCUGUGAUCGUUAUGCAUAGGAAGGCAGAGGCCUGUCUACAGCUCCUCUGUGAGCAUGGUGUUAACAUCAAUGCAGAGGUAGAGGGAGCGAGUCAGGAGACUGCUCUCCACCUAUCAGUGCGCUACGCUGCUCUGUCUGCUGUCCAAAUUCUCGCCAGCUAUGGUGCUGAUGUCAAUGCCGUGGACAACAGAGGGAUGACGCCCCUGCACAUGGCCGCCGGGAUCCUCCAUAAGGAUACUAUCGCCAACUUGAUCAGGCAGGGAGCCGAUAUCAACACGGGGGUGAAGCACUCGGGAAACACUGCUCUGCACCUCGCUGCCCUGGCAUUGGCUACGAAGACCAUUAAAACCCUGGAAGACAACAUAAGCUGCAUCUCUGAGCUGCUGGAGCAUGGGGCCGAGCCCAACGCAGAGAACGGGGCUGGAAUGACACCUUUUCAGGAGGCGUGCGGCAUGGGCAACAAGGAGCUGGUGGACCUGUUGCUUGGCUACGGCGCGAACAUCAACAAGCUGAGCCGAACAGGGGAGAACUGUCUGUUUCUGUUUCUGGACCACAGGCCUAAUGUGAGGAAUAGCCCCCUGCUGGGGAAGCUCCUCAGCCUGACAUCCCCGCUCACCGUCUACAACCUAAACGGCAACCUGCCCUCAACCCUGACAUUACCAUGUUUCUUCAAGCAGAGAGAGCAGCUACUAAAACUCAUUCAGCAGCCAAGAAAGCUUCAGGAUAUUUGUAAGAGUCACAUUUAUCUGAAACAUGUCCGCGGCGAGAAUGGGGAAUUAAAAAAAUUGCUGCCUGAGAGGCUGUAUGACUUUGUCUUCAACUACUGGGAGAACAUACACAACAUCACCUUUGUAACUGCUGACGAACGGGACUCGUUCAGUGACACGUUCUUUAUUACUCCUAGUUGACCCCUGCGUGUCACAGAAAGCCGCAGGUGACUGCAAACAUUUGUGUUAAGCUGGACUAGAGAGACAACUUGUCAAAUGAAACCCACGACAGCAUCUUACCUUCAGGUCCCUGUGAAUGAUUCCUCUGGAGUGAAUAUACUCCACCCCUUCAAGUAUGCUUCUCAACAGGUUGAGAGUAGGUUCAGUAUCAACACCACCAUAAGGACCUGAAAAUACAACCAGUGGGUCAUAAGGACAUGAAGCAAAUGGGAUUCAACAAGUGCGACCUUUACCUUCACUCUACUCCAACAGGACUUGACUAGUCUGUAGACUGGUUCACAUCAUUCAUCAACUGUUUUCUGGUGUUUUCUGGUCUCAUCCAAUAUCUACCACCUAACUAUACUGCAUCCUAGUGACUAUAUAGAAAUUUAGCCUUCUUUAUAUAAGACAACAGAUAUUUGACUUUUCCUAUUUUAGGACUCCCCUGAAUUUAUUGGAAAUAGUUGAAUUUUUUUUGUUUUCAAUUUACUACUUGAAAGAUUUGUCGAUCAUGUGCUGUUGUGAAAUCCACAUUUGUGUUGUUCCUUUCUAUCAAAAAUAGAGCUGGUAGUUUUUAUAUUGUUUAAAUGUGAUUCCCCCCCCUUGAGCAAUUUUAUUUUUCUCUGAGCCAAAAUCAACAGCAAGUAGAAUCAGCUCACUAUUUUUGCAUUAUUUCUGCUAGCCAAACCGUUCACUUGGCCACUAUCAUUAUUUGAUUAUUAGUCAUAUUUAUCCCAUGUAAAUAGAUAAUAGUAAAUCAUUUUUUAUUUUUAUUUUAGUCCCAGUUGUUGCUUCUGUUUUCUUUUGAAGAAGAGACUGGCGAGCCAUUGCAUCUUAAGUGAUCGAUUCAAUUAAACUGCCGAGAUUUGUAUAUUACAAAUCUGCUAUGAUGCUAAACAAUAUAAAAUUGUGUUUCUUUUGAAUAAAUGAACACUGUAUUGGAACAGUAUAUUAUUACAGGAUAAUGCAUAAUGUGUGAAACAAUUACAUUUGGUUUGUUCUUC